GUCACCACCUCAGAGACAACGCCUGCUGUAACCACCACAGAAUCUACUGUUGUCACCAAUUCAGAGACACCUUGCACCAACUCAGAAUCAACAACAACUACUACGGCUCAUUCUACACCAACACCACUUUGUACAAAUAGGGACUUAUGGUUGAGGCCACAGCCUUUAGAUUGUGACAGAUAUGUACUUUGUUUGUUCGGUAAUUUGACAGACCAGCGAUGUCCUUUAGAUUUCCAAUUCAAUCCAGUUCUUUUGCUCUGCCAACCGCCACUAGAAGCUAAAUGUAACGGCGAAACAACUAUCACACCCACGACCACAGAAGAAGUUUCACCUGACAACAGAUUUGGACCAACAAUCACAGAGACAAUACCUAUCACCACAUCAGAGACAAUACCUAUCACCACAUCAGAAUCAACACCAGCUUCUCUACAUAAAUGUGGUUAUAGAGACAUGUGGUUUAAACCAGACCCGGAUGAUUGUGAAUCCUUCUACUUAUGUAUGUUUGGUGAAAUAUUACAUGGAAAUUGCCCUGAAGGGACUGAGGCUAGUUCGACUAGCGUUGCAUGCCUACCAAAAGAAUUGGCAGGUUGUAGCAAUUCAAAUCAGACCAUAGAAACUACCACGCCAAGUGGCAUACAGCCAGUACCUCACUGUGGAAGAUAUGACAUAUGGAUCAAAGCUGAUGGGAAUGACUGUGGCAAGUUCUACGUGUGUACUUUUGGCUAUUUAACCCAGGAAACUUGUGUAGCGGGAUAUAAAUUCAGCGCUUUGGAUAAAAAAUGCUUACCAGAAUCCCAAGUGACCUGCUUCAAAGAAAAUGACGAUACACCAAAAAAAUGGAAAGACACCGUCUGCGAAGACUACUCGAAUCUUCCACUGGUCUUCUUAGAAGACCCGAAAGACUGCAGAAGAUAUUACAUUUGUUCUUUCGGGAAAUCAACACUGCUGCAUUGUCCUGAAAAUUUCUCUUUCAGUGCUGAAAAACAGAUAUGCUUACCAUCAGACCAAGUGCUAUGCAAGUCGCUGUGUCCAUCGGGCGCCACCCAGUUCGUGGCCGACCCUCAGACUGAGAGCCGGUACAUCAUCUGCUAUAGGGGCACGCCACUGCCCCAGCAGUGCCCACACAGACAUGUCUUCGAUCCUAAACUCCUGACAUGCAGAUUAAGAAAAGAAUUAAAAGGCGCAGACUCGGAGUUAUUAAAAUAUUUGUUUAGCUUCAUUAGAAGCUAGCCUCCCGUCUCCGGUCCAUCAUCAAGCAAUCAGCCACGUACUGUCCACUGCCCCCCCACAGUCUUCCCCCAAUGACUACACAUCGCGAGGUUAGAAGCAACCUG